AUGUUUUUGAAACAUAAGUACCGAAUAAGGAGUAAAGUAGAAUUUCUUACACAAAGCUCAGAUACGGUAGCCCGAUGUACUGUAGCUUUGAGGAAUCCCUAUUCGGAUACGUACAACGUGCCCCACUUCGACAAGAACGCCAGUGAUUACGGUCGACCACCUCCAGGCAGCAAAACAGAGGCACGAGGCAUUCGGGCUGGGGUUCAUGUUUGUCGAGAAAUCCUAUUCCUUUGCGAAAUCAUCAAUGAAAACGCUGAAGGUGAAGAACCACAUAAAUGGAUCAAAUUCGGGAAGCUCUUCUAUGUAUACGCGUUUUAUUCAGACAAGUUAGUCGGUAUGUUGAUACGAGCAAGAAAAUACGGUCUGGUGGACUUUGAAGGAGAAAUGCUCUACCAAAAACAAGAUGACGAAAAAAUCGUGACGAUGAUGAUGCCAAUCGCCGAGAUUCGCACCCGAAUGCAAGCAUCUGGUGACCCAAAAAACUGUGUUGUCUUAGUAGACAAAUAA